GCAUGUCCUGUUCGAGUCAUGACUAGUCAUCAUCAAAGAGAUUGGGCUGGAAAGCUCGUUUCGACUCCAUCACUACACCAAGAUGGCCCAUCUACACCAGCACAGCCUGCUCCUUCUGUCACAACUCAAGGAAACAAGUCAAAACCGCAACCCAAGAAGUUGCGAUUCAUUACCAGUCACGGGGCUCCCCAAGCCAAAAGGCGUCGUGUUUCCACUGCUUGCUUAGUCUGUAGAAAACGAAAAGUUGCAUGUUCUGGUGAACGCCCGCACUGCAACACGUGCACCAACAACAGAUUGGAGUGUACUGGCUAUGCCGAUGAGAAUCUCUCAGGAAGUGCUAAUCUCGAUGAGACCGAAACCCCUCGAGCAGCGGCACCCACCUUGCGCCGGUCCGAGACAGCAGACUCGAUGAAGGCUCCUCCUGCCAGAAAACCUAGAAAGCCCGCCUUCAUAUCACAACAGCAGAGUACAGCUUCCGAUUCCAUCCAGAAUCCUACCUCUCAUGCAUCGGAGCACAUUCAAUCGCAGCCUUUGCGGAAUGAAAAUGAUCAGAGCUACUUCCCGAGACCAACACCCUCCUUGUUCUCCGGCGCUCGAAAUCGGAUGCCCUAUUUUCGAUGGCUUGGCCCUACUGCCAUCAUGCCAGGCUUUAAGCAGAUGGUCGUCAAAGUCAAUCGCUCUUCGUCAACAGCCGACGGCGUGACAUCCCCAUCGGCUGGUGCUCAACCUGGCGCUUCGGGUAUGUCAAAUCAUUCUGCGACCUAUGAUCCAGACGCACGUACGCCCCAGGUCCUGCCAUUCUACGACAACUCAUCCAUGCCACCGAGUGAACUGAUCACGCAUCUUUGCGAUACGUUCUUCGUCCAUCUGGCCUGUAACUACCCAUUCCUCCAACGCGAUCGAUUCUUGAAAGAUCUUGAAGAGAAGCAAGUCGAUGCAAUCCUUGUUGAUGCAGUUUGUGCACUUGCUGCUCGAUUCUCUACCCAUCACUUGCUCGUCCAGCAGUCACGCGAUGGUCACGCUGUGAACCACUCAGAACAAGGUUCUGCUUUUGCUCAGCGAGCGAAAUUGGCUUUGAUCGAUACUUAUGCGACGCCAAGUGUUGCUGCUGUGCAAGCCGCACUNUUGCUUGCUUAUAACGAGUUUGGUGAAAGCAGAGAUAGUGGUCUCUGGAUGUAUCUUGUUGUUUCUUCCGGCACUGGACGACGAAGCACGCUGCAAGAUGACGAUAUCGAACUUUCAUUCCCGCCUCUCGAUUUGCUGGACCCCAAAACUGGCUGGCCUUCGCCGUUCCCUGCGCUUAUUCGGAUUGUCUGCUUGUAUGGUCGAGUUGCAGAUCUUCUCAACAGUAUCAAGGAACCUUCAGAUAUCACCAGUGAUACGCCGCAACAACUGGCGGAUAUGGAAGCACGGGUGACGAAUUUCUAUCAGGGUCUCCCACCAAAACUACAUUUCCAAGCCAUGAACUUUCACNNCCACUAUGUCAAAGCUGGAGAAGGAACAAAUUUUGUUUUGCUACAUUUCUGGUUCCACACGCUCAUUGUCUUGCUUCAUCAACCAACAUUGCUCAAGACUUUCGAGGGUAGAAUGCUUCAGCUGUUCCCCAACAGUCAAGCAUUGUCCAUGUCUUCUGCCAAAACCAUUGCAGAUAUCUUAUCAUACUCACAGCUCAUCGAUACAAAAGCCAGUCUUGGUAACCCUUUCACUACACAGCCAAUCUAUAUUGCUGCUUGUGCUUUCCUCAAGGAGACUGCCGAGCAGACAGCCACCUCGAAAGAACAUUCUCGCUCUCAGUCUGCGGCGAACUCCCGCACUGGAAGCCCGGCCCGAGAACAGCCUACACCAGGAGUCGCGGAAACAGCGGAUAUGACACGGCCAUCGAGCAUGACAUCGAACAGUGCCAGGCCACCGAUGGUGGAAAGAGCACUAGCCCGCCAUACGUUACUCGCAACGGCCGCAAAUCAGCACUACCAACUUUGUUAUAAAGCACUACAGAGUCUUGAAACAUAUUGGGCAGGGACGAAAUACAUUCUGACAGUAUUGGAUCAAAAGUUCAAAGGUGUUGGCGACCCCCUCCUGUAUACGGUGGAAGAAGGAGAAAGUGCCUUUGAGCAGCCAGAACCAAAACCUGCAUUUACCCAACCAGGAUGGCGAAGAAAGACUCCAUCGAACCCAUGGUCCCCGAGCGCACUAAUGCAGAGUUCGUUUAUGCAAUCCAAAACGCCUCCUGCGGCUAGUGACUCGAAUCAACGCACCCUUAACUCACCCAGCACGAAUGUAGCUUGGCAUUUUUCAGGUGGGCCUGGCGCACACGAGCCAGUGCCGCAAUCACUUGACUCUGUUAUCGACACCAACACACCUUUCGACUUCAACAGCUUGCAAAGCAAUGGUUCCGCAUUCCCACAACCGCAGAAUAAUCACACACGCACAUACUCUGGCAACAAACUCCCUCGCUUAUCACCGCAUCAACAACGACACCACAGACCUUCACUCCCAGCCUCUUCUUUCGCAACAAUACCACCCUCACCAACAACCUUCCCUUCACCUCUCCAACACCAACACAACAACUCUCUACAAGUCCCGCCUCUUAGCCAUCCAUCGCACAAUCUGCAAACCUUUGAUGGCGCCAUUGCAGCAGAAGAAAGCUUUGGCGAUUUUUUGAUAGAGAGCCAGGAUGUGGAUAUGAGUUUGUUAGGGUUGGAUAUGUUGCCUUGGUUUGAUGCGCCCAGUGGAGAUCUGAUGCCUGUAUUUGAUGAGGCGUUGAAUGUUGGAGAUGGAAAU